GCUGUGCGGGGCUGGCCGGCCGGGUAAGUUCCUGAGGGCCUGUCGCGGGGCUGCUGGGGAGAGGCAGCGGGGUGCCGCCUGGGAUGGCUUACGCUCUGGGCGAAGGGUUGUGCCUGGCUGGGCCUCGAGGAGCCAGCUGCCGUCCUCGGGGAGCGCCCCUCGGAGCGUCUCGGGGGGCGCUGGGGCGAGCACCCGGAACAUCGCCGGGUCUACAGCGCGCCCCUCCCCUCCCCCACCCGUGUCUCCCAAGUCCCUACUGCCGAGCUCUCGAUGGCACCUAUGAGAAGGAUAUAGGACCAUGGCAGCAGAUGAUGACAAUGGUGAUGGAACGGGUUUGUUUGAUGUCUGUCCUGCCUCUCCACUUAAAAAUAAUGAUGAAGGCUCAUUGGACAUAUAUGCUGGGUUGGACAGUGCUGUUUCUGACAGUACUGCUAGAUCCUGUGUGUCAUUCAGAAACUGUUUAGAUUUGUAUGAAGAGAUCCUGACUGAAGAAGGAACUGCGAAGGAGGCAACGUACAAUGACUUGCAGAUAGAAUAUGGGAAAUGUCAGCAGCAAAUGAAAGACCUGAUGAAAAGGUUUAAGGAAAUACAGACACAGAACUUGAACUUAAAAAAUGAAAACCAGUCUCUUAAGAAGAAUAUCUCAGCACUUAUCAAAACUGCCAGAGUGGAGAUAAACCGUAAGGAUGAAGAGAUAAAUCAUCUUCACCAAAGAUUGUCUGAGUUUCCACAUUUUCGAAAUAACCAUAAAACUGCAAGAACAAAAGAUUCACAGUCCACAUCUCCCCAUUUGGAUGAUUGUUCAAAGACUGAUCACGGAGUUAAAAGUGAUGUUCAGAAAGAUGUACAUCCUAACACUGCACAGCCAAACUUGGAAAAGGAAGGAAAAUCGCAUUCUGAAGCACAGAAUCCUUUGCACUUGUCUACGGGUGUUGAGAAACAUUGUGCCAAUAAUGUCUGGUCACGUUCUCCUUACCAGGUUGGAGAAGGUAACUCAAAUGAGGAUAAUAGGAGAGGAAGGAGUGGCACUAGACAUAGCCAGUGUAGCAGAGGAACUGAUAGAACACAGAAAGACUUACAUAGCAGCUGUAAUGACAGUGAGCCAAGGGACAAGGAGGCUAACUCCAGACUACAAGGACACCCUGAGAAACAUGGCAACAGUGAAGCAAGGACGGAGAGCAAAAUUUCAGAGAGUAAAAGCAGCACUGGUAUGGGAUAUAAAAGUGAGCGCAGUGCCUCUUCUUGGGAAAAAGAGACUUCCAGAGAAAGGCCACACACUCGAGUGGAAUCUCAACAUGACAAAAAUCUAGAGAAACAAAAUGAAAGAUUACAAAAUAUGCACAGAAAAGAGCUUCCGUCUCAGGACAAAACAGAAAGAAAAGUUGAUGUGAAGUUUAAACCAGCAGGAGAGGAGCAGGGGCAUCGGGGAAGAGUGGACCGGGCGUUACCUCCUCAUCCCAAGAAUGACGUGAAACAUUACGGCUUCAAUAAGUAUCAUCCAGAAGAGAGAAGGGGAAGGGAAGAUUGUAAAAGAGACAGAGGGAUGAACAGUCAUGGCUUUCAAGAUAGAAGAUGUUCAUCUUUUCUUUCAAGCAACAGAAAUAGCAAAUACCCGCACUCCAAGGAAGUUAGUGUUGCACACCAGUGGGAAAAUACUCCUUUCAAAGCAGAAAGACAUAGAACUGAGGACAGGAGGAAAAGAGAACGAGAAAACAAAGAAGAAAGUAGACAUGUGAAAAGUGACAAAAAAUCACCUCCAGAACACUUACAAAGGACUCAUAAAGACACUAAGAAAAGCACUGCUGAUGGAAAGAGACAGACUGAGCCCAAACAUGGUAAAGGUGCAGUCUCUAACAGUGAGCUUUCUAAAGGGACAGACAGUAAAGAAGGUGCAACAAAGGUGGAGAGUGGGCCAAAUGAAGCAAAAGGCAAGGACUUAAAGUUAAGCUUCAUGGAAAAACUGAACUUAACUCUUUCUCCUGCUAAAAAGCAGCCUGCUUGUCAAGAUAACCCACAUCAAAUAACUGGUGUUCCCGAGCCCAGUGGCACGUGUGACUCACGGUCCUUGGAGACGACUGGAACGGUGGCAUGCCUUCCUUCUGGCAGUGAACAUAAUAGAGAGGAAACCAAAUCAGAGUUACCAGAGCCAAAGGAGGCUCUUUUGGCAACAUCUCAACUCAGGAUCAGCAUUCCAGAAAACAAAAUGAAGGAAGAAAAGAGGUUGUUAUUUAAAUCUGUUGAGAAUACUGUGCCUUGUGAACUGCUUGCUUGUGGCACGGAAAUUUCCCUCCCAGCACCUGUAGAAAUUGAACAAGCAAGAUGCUUGCUUGGAUCAGUGGAAGUGGAAGAGACCUGUGGUGGUGCAAGGACAGCCGCUUCUGUGGUGAUGCAUGUGUUACCAGAACAUGCUUCUGAAGAUGCCAGCCAAGAAUUGGACACCAAAAGACACGAUGGUAUAAAUGCUUGUGCUAUUUCUGAAGGUGUGAAAACAAAGGUGAUUCUUUCACCAAAAGCAGCUGCAGCCAGUGAGAGCCAUCUUGCACCUUUGGUUGAAGAACCUAGCAUUUCACUAGUAAACUGUUCGGGAGACAAUAAUCCUAAACUUGAACCUUCUCUUGAAGAGAGGCCUAUAGUUGAGACUAAAUCCUGUCCUUUGGAGUCUUGUUUACCUAAAGAGACUUUUGUACCUUCACCACAGAAGACUGAGUUGAUUGACCACAAAAUAGAAACUGGAGAAUCAAACUCAGUAUAUCAAGAUGAUGAUAACUCAGUUUUGAGUAUUGACUUUAAUAAUCUGAGACCUAUUCCAGACCCCAUCAGCCCUCUGAAUAGUCCAGUGAGACCGGUAUGCAAAGUUGUUAGCAUGGAGAGCUCAUGUGCAAUUCCACUGUAUGAUAGCAGUCAUAAAGAUGAGUUUCCAUCCAAUUCAACUCUUUCUACCUUCAAGAGUCAGUCUGAUCUAAAUAAGGAAAAUGAAAAACCAGUUCCCAAAUUUGACAAAUGUUCAGAAGCAGAUUCUUGUAAGCAUUUGUCUUUAGAUGAAUUAGAAGAAGGCGAAAUUAGAAGUGAUGAUGAAGAAUCUGUAGCACAAAAACGCUUGGAAAAGAGUGCAAGACCUAGAGUUUCUGCUGAAGUGCAGCCAGGGAAAAGCAGCCCAGGAAGCAGGAGGAGCACUGUGCAUGUGCAUAAGGACAACGGGAGGACUGCUGUAAAACUCCCUCGGGACAGACUCACAUGGAGCAAAAGAUCAAGUGAAUCAAGACCCUCCAACACCGAAAGGAAAAGUAAAACAAUGAGCAUCUCCAGCUUGGAAAAAAUACUUCCGCUUAUCCUUGUACCCUCUUCCCUGUGGGAGGUUAUGCAUAUGUUACGGUUGCUAGGUAAACAUGUAAGAAAAAAUUAUAUGAAAUUCAAGAUAAAAUUUUCAUUGACACAAUUUCAUAGAAUUAUUGAAUCUGCAAUUUUGAGUUUCACAUCACUAGUUAAAUGCCUUGAUUUGUCUAAGAUCUGUAAGUCAGUAAGUACUUUACAAAAGAGUCUUUGUGAAGUUAUAGAAUCUAACCUUAAACAAGUGAAGAAGAAUGGCAUAGUUGACCGUUUAUUUGAACAGCAACAAACAGAUAUGAAAAAAAAAUUGUGGAAGUUUGUAGAUGAACAACUUGAUUAUUUGUUUGAAAAGCUUAAAAAAAUCCUACUAAAGUUUUGUGAUUCUGUAAACUUUGAAAAUGAGAAUAGUGAAGGAAAACUUGGAAAAAAAUAUAAAGAGAGAACCCAACAUUCAAAUUGUCAGAAGAAAAAAAUGGACAACAAAGAAAUACGGAGAGAAAAAGUGCUAAAAUCAGAAAAUACUGUGAAUUUUAAAUCUUCACUGGGAUGUGAAAAAUCUGAAGAAAAACAUCAGGACCAAAAUAAAACCAAUGCUAGUAUAGUAAAGCAUGAUGUAAAAAGAACUUUUAGCACUUGCAGUGAUAAUACAAAGAACGCUGAAUGUAAAGAGCAGUUUCUGGAAAAGAGCUGCCCGAGUACCCCUAGGCCAGGAAAAGAUGAAGGACAUACUGAGGAGGAGGCACAGGCGGCACAGCAUGCAAGUGCUAAGUCCGAACGGAGCUUUGAGAUCCUUACUGAGCAGCAGGCAUCCAGCCUUACUUUUAACUUAGUGAGUGAUGCACAGAUGGGUGAGAUAUUUAAAAGCUUGCUACAAGGUUCUGAUCUGUUGGACACAAGUGGCACUGAAAAGGCAGAGUGGGAAUUAAAGACUCCAGAGAAACAGCUGCUGGAAAGCCUCAAGUGUGAAUCUGCACCAGCUUGUGCAACAGAAGAGCUGGUUUCAGAGGGGGCUUCUCUUUGUCCAAAAGUGAUCAGUGAUGAUAAUUGGUCUUUAUUAUCAUCUGAAAAGGGUCCAUCUUUAUCUUCAGGGCUUUCACUGCCAGUUCAUCCUGAUGUGUUAGAUGAAAAUUGUAUGUUUGAAGUAUCUUCUAACACUGCUUUAGGUAAAGAUAAUGUAUACAGCUCAGAAAAGAGUAAGCCCUGCAUCUCUUCCAUACUCUUAGAAGAUCUUGCGGUCUCUUUAACAGUACCGUCACCUCUGAAAUCAGAUGGCCAUUUGAGUUUCUUAAAGCCAGAAGUUUUGUCAACUUCAACUCCUGAAGAAGUUAUUAGUGCACAUUUUAGUGAGGAUGCUUUGCUUGAGGAAGAGGAUGCAUCUGAACAGGACAUUCAUCUAGCUCUGGAGUCUGAUAACUCAAGCAGUAAGUCAAGCUGUUCAUCAUGGACAAGCCGGUCUGUUGCUUCAGGCUUUCAGUACCACCCUAAUCUUCCCAUGCAUGCUGUCAUAAUGGAAAAGUCCAAUGAUCAUUUCAUUGUGAAAAUACGGCGUGCAACACCAUCUACCUCCCCUGGCCUUAAACAUGGUGUGGUAGCUGAGGAGUCAUUGACAUCUUUGCCUAGAACUGGAAAAGAAGCUGGUGUAGCAACAGAGAAAGAACCUAACCUGUUUCAGAGUACAGUUUUAAAACCUGUCAAGGACUUGGAAAAUACUGAUAAAAAUAUUGAUAAGAGUAAACUAACUCAUGAAGAACAGAACUCUAUAGUACAAACACAGGUUCCAGAUAUAUAUGAAUUUCUUAAAGAUGCCUCAAAUAAGGUGGUUCAUUGUGAUCAAGUGGUUGAUGAUUGCUUCAAGUUGCAUCAAGUAUGGGAACCAAAAGUUUCUGAGAACCUUCAAGAGUUGCCUUCAAUGGAGAAAAUCCCACACUCUCUUGAUAAUCAUCUUCCUGAUACACACAUAGAUCUAACGAAAGAUUCAGCCACUGAGACCAAAAGCUUGGGGGAGCUAAUGGAAGUAACAGUUUUAAAUGUUGAUCACUUGGAAUGUUCUCAAACCAACUUAGAUCAAGAUGCAGAGAUAACAUGUAGUUCUUUACAGCCUGAUACUAUAGAUGCUUUUAUUGAUUUGACACAUGAUGCUUCAAGUGAGAGUAAAAAUGAAGGUAGUGAACCUGUGUUAGCUGUUGAAGGUAUGGGAUGCCAGGUAAUAUGUAUAGAUGAGGAUACCAACAAAGAAGGAAAGAUGGGAAGGGCAAACAGUCCUUUAGAAAGUAUUGUUGAAGAAACUUGUAUUGAUUUGACCUCAGAGUCUCCUGGCUCCUGUGAAAUCAAGAGACAUAAUUUAAAGUCGGAGCCUCCAUCAAAGUUGGAUUGUUUAGAGUUGCCUGAAACUCUGGGUAAUGGUCACAAGAAGAGGAAAAACAGUCCUGGUGUUAGUCACUCUUCUCAGAAAAAACAAAGAAAGGACAUAGACUUAAGUAGUGAAAAGACCCAGAGACUUAGUCCCAAUUCUGAUAGAAAUGGUGAUGCUCACAGAAAGCAAGCGAGCAAGAAAAGAGAACCUGCAGUAAAUGAAACGUCCUUGUCAUCAGAGGCCAGCCCAGAGGUGAAGGGUUCAACAGCAGUACUUGCUGCUUCCCCAGCAAGCCUUUCUGCAAAAAAUGUUAUCAAAAAGAAGGGAGAAAUUAUAGUUUCAUGGACAAGAAAUGAUGACCGGGAAAUUUUACUGGAAUGUCAGAAAAGAAUGCCGUCCCUGAAAACAUUUACUUAUUUAGCUGUCAAGCUGAAUAAAAAUCCAAAUCAGGUUUCAGAGAGGUUCCAGCAGCUGAAAAAGCUCUUUGAGAAGUCAAAAUGCAGGUAGUAGUGGAUCCAUCAAGGAGGCUAAUGCUAUGAGUUGCUGGAUUUCAUGGUGCCUCACUGAUAAUUCUUCUGCACAGAAGCUUCGAUUCCCGUGUUUUAAAUGGGGAACUAGGUGGAGGGUUUGUCUCCGUUUGACAGCUAGAUGAUCAUCUACCUUUUUUUUUUUACUUUCCUGGUCAUUGUGCUUGGUGUAUUCAGAUCAACAGUCUGAUUCACUUACCUGUUAUUGGUCAGAAUGUUUUUAAUCAUUAAAAGUUGUUAUCAAAUGAAAGACUAAAAGCAACCUUGAUGUAAUACUGAAACCUUAGUUUUGAUAUUGGAUGAAAUAAAUUCUUUAAAAAACAAUUUUGUAGCAUUUUAAAUGUAAAAACUAGUUCACCUUUCUAUUCAUUUUUGUUUUUAUAAUUGCCUCAUUUUGGAAAAUUGUGAAAUAAUUUAAAUAGUAUAUUUGUAUAUAUGUACAAUUAUUGUGAUGUAAAAUACUGUAAGUGUAUGUGUCUACGUCUAUGUAUGCACACCAAUGGUUUUGCUAGCCAAGGUUUUUUUUAUCUAUAUUAAAUAUUUUGUAUAAACUUUCCUUUCAGUUAGUCAUGUAUAAUAAAAACAUGAAGUCCUGUUUUAUUUUUA